ACCCCCAAAAAAAAAAAACACAAAACAAAAAAAGGAAAAUGCAAAUCCAUCAACGAGAGAUUGGGGCGCUCAAAGUAACAAUAAUGGUGCAGCAAAAUAAAAGGGCAGAUGUGAAAUCCAGUAGAGAUUGAUGUAACACAAAAUCCAUUACGAUUUAGCCACCAACUACUCUUUCACAAUCUUUGUCGUUCAGUUUAAACUUAAGCAACUUGUGCCUCCCAUUUAGCUCACUUCCCAUCUUCGUCUCAUAUGCUUCUUCUCUGCCACUUGAGCUGAGCAUGCUCCGCUCCUUUUCCCGCGCCAACACCAAACCUGAGUUUCUUCUGCAAUCCAAACCCAGACCCAGUGGCGGCGCUAUUACCAUUUCCCUCUUCUCGUCAGCCGUUGCUCAAAAUCGAGCCUCACUCACCCCCAUCACCACAACACUCCUCCAAAAAUGCAACUCUCUUGCCCAAGCCAAACUCAUCCAUCAACAACUCCUUGUCCAGGGUCUCUACCAAGAUUUCACUACCCGUCUCGUUUCCGCUUACCUCACCCACAAUGCCCCUUCUCAUUCCAUCUCCAUUCUCGAACGCUUAACCCCUUCUACCUCUGUGGUCUUCUGCUGGAACACUAUUAUUCGACGCUCCCUUCGCCUCGGCUUUUCCCAUGACGUUCUUUCUCUCUUCCGCAUGAUGCUAAGGGUUCACUGUCCUCCUGACCAUUACACCUUCCCUUUUGUCCUCAAAGCCUGCGGCGAGCUUCCCUCCUUCCGCAGUGGCGCAGCUGUUCAUGCUGUUGUCUCCACCACUGGAUUUGACUCUAAUGUCUUUGUUUGUAAUGCGCUGGUGGCAAUGUAUGCUCGUUGCUGUGAGUUGGACGAUGCGCGACAGAUGUUCGAGGAAAUGCAUGACAAAGGGAUUUGUGAUAUCGUCUCCUGGAAUUCUAUUGUUGCUGCUUAUACGCAAAGCAGGGAUGCAAAGAAUGCGGUGGAGUUGUUCCGAAUAAUGAUGGAUGACUCCGAAAUCCACCCAGAUAUCGUCAGCCUUGUCAAUGUGCUACCGGCUUGUGGAUCUCUAGGCGCGUCUUUACAUGGUAUGCAACUGCAUGCUUUUGCAUUGAGGAGAGGUUUAUUUGAGGAUGUUUUUGUUGGCAAUGCUUUGAUGGAUAUGUAUGCAAAAUGUAGGAUGAUAGAGCAGGCAAAUAAGGUUUUCGAAAGUAUGGAGGUCAAGGAUGUUGUUUCUUGGAAUGUAAUGGUUACUGGGUAUUCUCAGGCUGGUAGGUUUGAGGAGGCUCUGGGUUUGUUUGAGAAGAUGAGAGAGGAGAAAAUUGAGUUGGAUGUUGUGACUUGGAGUGCUGUGAUUGCAGGCUAUGCUCAAAAGGGUCAUGGUUAUGAAGCAUUGGGGGUAUUUAGGCAAAUGCAACUUUGUGGUUCUAAACCCAAUGUGGUUACGCUUGUGUCCGUUCUUUCAGGCUGUGCUUCUAUUGCAGCAUUACUUCAGGGGAAGGAAACUCACUGUUAUGCAAUCAAAUGUGUUUUGAACUACGAUUGGAAUGAUCCAGGAGAAGAUCUCAUGGUGAUUAAUGGUCUAAUUGACAUGUAUGCUAAGUGCAAAAGUACAAAUGUAGCUCGUUUAAUGUUUGAUUCAGUUGCACCAAGUGAUAGGAAUGUUGUGACUUGGACUGUCAUGAUUGGUGGAUAUGCACAGCAUGGAGAAGAAAAUGAUGCACUGAAGCUCUUCUCUGAAAUGCUCCAAGAAGGUAACUCUAUGAAGCCAAAUGCUUUUACCAUAUGUUGUGCCUUGAUGGCUUGUGCUCAUUUGGCAGCACUAAGGUUUGGUAAGCAGAUCCAUGCUUACAUAUUACGCAAUCGUUACGAAUCUGUAAUGUUGUUUAUGGAAAAUUGUCUCAUAGAUAUGUAUUCCAAAUCCGGUGAUAUACAUGCUGCUAGGGUUGUGUUUGACAAUAUGCAGCACAGGAAUUCAGUUUCUUGGACGUCGUUACUAACUGCUUAUGGUAUGCAUGGCUAUGGAGAAGAAGCUAUCAAGGCUCUGGAUGAUAUGAGAGUAGCAGGUUUUGUUCCUGACGGUAUUACCUUUCUUGUUUUACUCUAUGUAUGCAGCCAUUCAGGUAUGGUUGACCAGGGAAUCAGAUUCUUUGAAAGCAUGCAUACUGAGUACAGUGUCACCCCUGAAUUGGAUCAUUAUGCUUGCAUGGUUGAUCUCUUAGGCCGUGCUGGUCGGUUUGGUCAAGCUCUGGAAUUUGUUCACAGCAUGCCCAUGGAGCCAACCGCAAUUGUAUGGAUUGCAUUACUUAGUGGUUGUAGGAUCCAUGGAAAUGUGGAACUUGGGGAAUAUGCUGCAGCCCAGCUUCAGGAAUUGGGUUCAGAGAAUGAUGGGUCGUAUACAUUGCUUUCAAACAUAUAUGCUAAUGCAAGGCGUUGGAGAGAUGUGGCCAGGGUCCGAUCUUUGAUGAAAUAUUCAGGGGUCAAAAAGAGAGCAGGUUGCAGCUGGGUCCAAGGAAAGAAAGGCACUGCAACCUUCUUUGUGGGUGACAGGUCUCAUCCACAAUUUGAACAAAUAUACAAACUUCUUGCUGACUUAAUUCAAUGCAUCAAGGCAAUUGGGUAUGUUCCCGAGACGAACUGUGCACUUCAUGAUGUGGAUGAUGAAGAGAAAGGUGAUCUUCUUUUUGAACAUAGUGAGAAGUUAGCUCUAGCCUAUGGCAUUUUAGUCUCUACUCCUGGGGUGCCUAUCCAUAUCACUAAGAACUUGCGUGUCUGCACUGAUUGCCAUAAUGCCUUUACUUACAUAUCCAUGAUCAUUGAUAAUGAAAUCAUAUUAAGGGAUUCAAGUCGCUUCCAUCAUUUCAAGAGUGGAUCUUGCUCCUGCAGAGGCUACUGGUGAUACAAAAUCAUUGAUGGUGAAGUGGGUUAUGAGAUUUGGCAAUUGAAGAGGUCCGUCUGAUAGGAUGAUCCCACAAUGAUGGAGUAAAUCUGCUCCUAAUAUUGAAUGCAAACGGGGAAAGAAAUUUCUGUAGCAACACAAGCUUGAUCAUCUAAAAAGGUAGAUUUCAUUCAUGUAGAAAUACAGGACAAAGCAAUCUCUGAUUCAUUCUAUGUCAAAAGUUAGUAGAGACAUGGGGAUUGGCCCUCGGAAUGGUAAUAGGAACAGGCAAUUCAGUUUCUUUCCGAUAAGCUGCUGGCUAUUUUAUGUAUGCUUCCGUUAUGCAUGUUUGAGGCUUGCUUAACAAACCCAACUGAGAAUGUCUCAUAUUCUUUCUUUAGCAUUAGCUAAAUGCAGGUGUGAAUUUGGAUAACUGUAGAUAUUCGGUUUACCUUUUACAAAAUUGAACAUUGCAGAUUUAGAUAAUAUUCAUAUCUGGAUAUUAUCACUACUUUCUUCGACAUCAUCCGAUUCCA